AUGUCGUACUCGUGGGUCGGCCCUCCGGCACAGUUCAAUGGCACCGAUGAUAUCACUGGUGGUGACUCUGUCACCGAGAACUUGAACCAAUGGUUCUCUGCAGGUGACCAGGCCUACAUCCUCGUGGCUUCGGCCAUGGUGAUGAUCAUGGUUCCUGGUCUCGCAUUCCUCUACUCCGGUCUUGCUCGCAGAAAGUCCGCCCUCUCCCUCAUCUGGGCCUGCAUGUUCUCCGCCUCCGUCAUUACCUUCCAAUGGUACUUCUGGGGAUACUCGCUCGCUUUCGGACCCUCAACGAACGGUUUCAUCGGAAACCUCGACAAGUUCGGUCUCAAGGGCGUUCUGGCUCAUCCCAGCCCCGGUAGUCCUUUGAUCCCAGAGUUGCUGUACUCCUUCUACCAGAUGCAAUUUUGCGCUGUCACUGCUGCCAUCGUCGUCGGUUGCGUUGCUGAGCGCGGUCGCUUAAUCCCCAUGAUGGUCUUCAUCUGGCUCUGGGCCACGAUCGUAUACUGCCCCGUCGCAUACUGGGCCUGGAACGCAAACGGCUGGUUCUUCGCAUGGGGUGGACUUGACUACGCUGGUGGUGGUCCCGUCGAGAUUGUCUCCGGUUGCACAGCUCUCGCCUACUCCAUGAUCCUCGGACGUCGCCAGGAGAAGAUGAUGCUCAACUUCCGCCCUCACAACGUCUCCUUGAUCACCCUCGGAACCGUCUUCCUGUGGUUCGGCUGGUUGGGCUUCAACGGUGGUUCCGCUUUCGGCGCCAACCUCCGUGCUGUCAUGGCAUGCUGGAACAGCAACCUUACCGCCAUGUUCGCCGCCAUGACUUGGGUUCUCCUCGAUUGGCGCCUUGCUCGCAAGUGGUCCAUGGUCGGAUGGUGCUCAGGUGUCAUCUCCGGACUUGUCGCUGCUACUCCCGCUUCUGGUUUCUUGCCUCCAUGGGCCAGCGUCAUCCUCGGUAUUACCACCGGUAUUGUUGCUAACUUUGCCACCAAGAUCAAGUUCUGGAUCAAGAUCGACGAUUCUCUCGAUGUGUUCGCUGAGCACGGCGUCGCUGGAAUGUGGGGUCUUUUCUUCAACGGAAUCUUCGGUGCCGACUACAUCAUCGGACUCGACGGAGUCAACAACGGCCUUACCGCUGGUGCCAUCACCGGCGAGCCCGCCGCGAUCUACAAGCAAAUCGCCUACAUCGUCGCCGUAACCGCCUACUCCUUCGUCGUCAGCGCCAUCCUCGCCUUCGUCAUCGACAAGAUCCCCGGCCUCAAGCUGCGCGCAUCUGAAGAAGCCGAGCUCCUCGGUAUGGACGACGACCAGCUCGGCGAGUUCGCCUACGACUACGUCGAGGUCCGCCGUGACUACCUCGCAUGGACUCCUGCUAAGGGCGAGCCCAUCGACGGCGAGCACUCUGUACCCCAAGGCGAGCGCCACGGCAUCCCCCAGCACAGCCAGAUGCUCGAGGGCAAGGCACCAUCGGAACACAGCUCAGGCCACGAGCACACGGGCAUUGCGGGCGACAGGCACGCGAUGGCCAUGGGCUCCGAGCACGAGAAGCAUGUUCAAACCUAA